AUCAACCUCCAGACGGCUGAAGACACUGCCAGCCAUGUUCUGCCUCUAAAACAAAAACACUGCCUUGUUUCAAAGCGUUUCUAACGCGCACAUCUGGAGCACAGUCGCUGCUCUUUGCCUCCGCCCUCUUGUUUUCUCUUCAGAUCAUUCUAAAGCCGUGUUUUGAUUGAACCCAGGCGGAGGUAAGAUGUCUUCCCCGGCGCAGGAGAGGAGCUCCGCCGCUCCGCUGCUCAGCGCUGUGCUGCUGCUCGUCUCGCUCUCCGGUUGUGCAAGCAUGGAAGUGCUCGUGCCCAGUUUCAUAAAUGCACUGAACGGAACAACAGUCAAAAUCCCCUGCACGUUCACGUCCUGCUACAAGAUGGAUGUGAACACGUUUAUCAUGAACUGGACCUACCAAGAAACACUCAACGACACAAAGGAAAUGUUUAUGAUUUUCUAUAAGAGGAAAGGAAUGGUGACUCUGAGGACAGAACGGUUCGGAGAGAGGGUCAUGUUUGCUGGGAACCUGGAUAAGAACGAUCUGUCCAUCAAACUGUCAGAUAUCCAGGUGGAGGAUGUGGGGACUUACAACUGCUAUGUGAUGAAUUCCCCAGACCGCACCCCGGGAUAUGGUCCCAUACAACUUAAUGUUGUCACUGAACUUCCCCCGCCGAGGGACUCCACCAUUGCAGUAGCUAUCGGGGCAUCGGUGGGCGGAGCAUUGGCUCUGCUGAUCCUCUCCAUGGUCGUGUUGAAAUGCCUCCGUCGACACCAGAAACAGGAACUGAUUUCGGAGGAAAAGAUGGAGGAGGAGGUUAAACUGGACCCUGAGGGUGUUGCAGAGGAGGGAACCAAACAACCGUAGCCAUGUCACCUGCUUGAACCCGCAGACUGUGGAGCUCUCAUCCCCAACACGUCCUACGACCAUCAUCCUGAAGAUCUAUAGUAACCACUGCUUGAAUCAUUGUCUACGGAUGCUCCCCUACCCCCUGCAGGGCUCCAGACUUACUUUUCUAACCUUGUCAUUUAAGUGCACCAGCACAUCCUUUAGGUGCACCCAAAAUGUAUCACUGUGCCCCUUGGCACCGCAAUAAUACACCUAUUGUACCAUUUCUUGACAGUUCCCAUUUACAUCGGUAAUUUCUUAAUUAGGGCUGGGGUUUGAUUUGUUCAAAUAUCGAUUCAGUUCAGGAUAUUUCACUGUACAAUACCAAUUUUGCCUAGAUAUGAAAUCAAUUCUCAGAGAACUAAAGCUGUAAACUGAACAAGGAAACCCCUAACUUGCUGCAUUAUUAAAAAUAUUAAGGUAGGACUGUCACAAUAACACAUUUUGUUGGAUGAUUCUUUGUCCCAGAAAUUAUUGGAAUAUAUGAUAUUAUCAUCAUCGUGAAACCAUUUUAAGCCACUGGUAUAAUGAUCACUUAAUUCUAAAGAAUAUUGAGUCUGACAUUUGAAUUCAAUUUAAAAAUAAAUAUUAAUAUUUCAAAUAUCCUAAAUAAAUAAAGAAUAAACCACAGACAACCAAAACAAUACAUAAAAUGGACUCUCUGGCUCUGUUAAAAAAAAUUGCUCUUGAUAAAUAUUAAACAUUUGGCUCAGGAUAUAUGUUACCUGCUCAGCAAACAGGAAGGGAUGCUUAUAAUUUAGAUGAGCUUUUAAGUUUCUAUUGUAUUGGGUUAGUGUUCCAGCGUUAUACCUAGGACUUUGUUCAUGUGUGGGUUCGAUUUUUUUGGGGAUUGUUUAAAUGCGUGUCUCAUAAACUCUCAAGUCAAUCAAACAAACACAAAGUAAACGUCAGUGCGGUUCGGAUCUUAAUAACGUGUGAUUAGUGUCGGUGUUUAUUGUAAAAGUGUAAAGUGAUCGCAGGUCAGCAGGAGUGUUGAGGGAUCACAUUCAGGUAGAGACUCUGACACGCUUCAAACCAACCGCUGCUUCUGCUGCAGCAGCGCUGAUCAAUUUGUAUUAGUGGUCCGUCGCGGGAAACCCUGUAUUCACACGUUUUGUCGCCACUGUUCGACAUUUACUGCUUCGCUCACCUCCUAUUCGCCCUCAUCUCUGCUUCUCUGUCUGUGUCUCAGUGUGUGAGUGAGUGAGUGGGGGCAGGGCCAGCCCGGGGCCUGUGUCUGUGAGUGUAAACUCUGCAGAGGAGAUGAGAUGAGGAGGCGACACGACUCGAACAAAUACAGAGACACAUCAGUUAAAUGUCAGCGGUGUGACCAAGGACAUUUGUUAGUCGCACUCUGGAGCCCUGCACUGCGUGAGCGAGCGAGCGAGUGAGUGAGUGAGUGACAUUGAGAGAGAGAGAGUAUAUCUGUAUGUCUGUGGGAUGUGUUUCCUUGAAAAAGCCAGGGAACACUUUUUUCAACAUAACCAUUAAACAUAUUACUUUAUUCAUAGCUACAAGUCAAUAUCAAUCACAUUACAAGUGUCAAACAUUUUAAUGGCACACUAUACGACAGGAUGGGGCUGGGCGGUAUCACCUACGCUUUAUAGCAUGGUAUCAAAAUACAAUAUUUUGAAUAUGGAGUGGUGUUAAUAUCACAACAUACAACUUUACUCGCAUGAUUUUAUGGGAUGUUAUUUCCAAUUCAGUCUAGGGCUUUGGGACAAAAACAAUUGAUUCCCUGAAGUCUAUCUUAAAUUAAUUAAUAAAUCCAAAAGUGGUUUGUGAUGGAAGUUAAAAGCCUCUCACACAGCAGAUCAGAUGUGUGUGUGUGUGUGUGUGUGUGUGUGUGUGUGUGUGUGUGUGUGUGUGUGUGUGUGUGUGCAUCUGUUGUGUGAUGGGAAAUUGUGCCGUAUGCUCUUCUGUCUCACAGCAACUUUGGGAUUUGGUUUUGGGUGAAUUUUUUUAGGUUAACAUAUUGUGAAUUCAUUGCCUUAAAGCCAUGUCUCUCAACUGUGCGUCUGGAUACCAUGUCUUAACAUAGACAACAGAAAUAGUGCAUGUGUGCAUGUGCUGUGUCCUUCCACAGCUGAACUAAAUGAUGUCUACAUGUCUCGAAGGUGUCAGCUUGUGUCUGAGCCAGAGAGCAUUCUUAAACAUUCCUGAAACGCGUCAAGGUUUUUCUAGCAAAAAAACAGUCGCCCUGCAUAGUGACUUGUCAUAAUAGAAACAGCACAGGUUCUGUUCAUCAAUUUAAAGCUGGCUCUGUUAUAGACAAACGUUGUGACACACCCUCUCUCCAAAAUCACUGCCUAUUUAAUAUGCAGUGCAGAUUUCGGAAUAAGUCGCAGAAGUCAAAAUUGCAAAAAAUGUCCCAGAUUCCCCGAAUUCCCCCAAUCAAUAUUCAGGACUUGAAUUAGAUUAAAUAAACAUUUAAUUUGUAUUUUGUUACUUUUUUUGACUAAAAUAAACUAUGGAAUAUUUACAGUGUGUAUUGAAUAAAUGAACAUGGGCGUGGUUUCAGACAGAGACAGUUUGACUGAGCCACCAUGCACAACGACCAAGACCCUCAACCUGAAGCAGCUAAAUAUCAUUCAGUCAGGAUUCAUUUUGAUUGUUUCCCUACACCUUGUGCUUUUUCUACUGUGACACGUCACAAAUGUCUGCUGUGGACAAAAGGGAGGUGGAGCAACAUGUUUCCCAAUAACCUCAUGGUUCUGCCUUGGUCUUAUAUGUUCUUAUUUAGUUUUUGUUGUUGUUUUUUUAUUGUGUAAGAGUGGUAUGCUUUCUGUCAGUGACACAAAUGAACAACCGCACUGGUGAACAUGUGACUGCCAAUUUAAAUACGAACACAAACAGCUUGCCCUAAACCUAUUUUACAGGUUAUACCAUCCAUCCCUAUGGUGGGCACUGGUCCAUCCUGCCUGCAGCCUUGUAUUAGGGUAUUUAAGGAUACAAUAAUUACAGUGUUUUUGACUGUAAGAUUUCGCGAUACAUUGUACAACCAUUUGCACGUUGUUUAGAAGCCCCCUGGUUAAUUCGUAAAAGAAAAAUCAAAAAUAGAAAAACAUUGCAGAAGUCUUUAGCAAAAGCACCUAAAAGGCGAAGAGAAUUGAAAUACAUUUGUACAAUACGCUGUGUGUUCAUGCAAAUUUGAAGCAGUGUUUACCACGAAGGUUUUGCUGGCAAUAUAUUUCGUCGUAUACAUAACUGUGAAUAGUAUCCACUCUGUUUCUCAAACUGAAAAAAAUAUCAUGUAGUAGACAGAUGUAUCAUUGUAUAUAAACCACCUCUGAUCGUGAGUUUGCCCUGAAUAGUUGCUCUUGUAUCACUUUAAAUGUUAGUGGACACCAAACUAAUGCUUGCACUGUGUUGCCUCUAAAAAGCACCUGUCGUUACAUCAGGUAUUUUAAAUAAAGAUGAUUUAGGAAAUAUC